AUGGAUGACAACCAGUUUUAUUACAAGGACAUCGAAAAUAUUACAGGUUUUGCUCAACAUCAGAUCAUUAUGUCAGUAAUUCAGGAAGAAUGGUUUCGUGGCAAGACUGACCUCGGUAUUUUUUAUGAGUCUCAUUUUCGGCUGUUCUUGCUUGAGUUGCUUGCAUUGGUCAUCACUUUGCUCGAAUUCUGCAUAAGUGAAUGGAGCGAUGGCAGCUUUACAAAAGGGGUAUUUGAUGAGAAGAAUUGGAAGCCGAAGUACGACGAGCAUCUUGUUAAGGUACAAGAAUGGAACAAUCUCAGCCCAGAGGUUGUAAAGAAGAUACGCACGAAGAUGUACAACCACGCGCAAUGCCAGACUGGAGCAUCUGCAACUGAUGAGCCUGAAGGCCUCUCCGCGGAAACACGAUGA